ACUCUAAACUCACGCAUACACGCACACACAACUCGGGGGGCUGAGAUGUGAGUGUUAACCAGAGGAAUACAGCGUGUUUCUGCGGGAUUUUUUUCUUCUUCUCUUCGCUCGGCUCAUGAGGGAGGGCAGCCGGGGAGUCCUUCUGGCCAUGCGGGCCGUGCGGGCCGUGCGGGUUGCGGUGCUUCUCUGUGUGAUUACUUCGGUGUGCGCAGUGGAAGAGACGGUGAUGGAUACGAGGACGGCGACAGCUGAGCUCGGCUGGAUAUCGUUCCCCGCCAACGGAUGGGAGGAGGUGAGCGGCUACGACGAGAACCUCAACACCAUCCGGACGUACCAGGUGUGCAACGUGUUUGAGCCCAGCCAGAACAACUGGCUCCUCACGACGUACGUGGACCGGCGGGCGGCGCAGCGCGUCUACGUGGAGAUCCGCUUCACCGUGCGCGACUGCGCCUCCAUCCCCAGCGUCCUGGGCUCCUGUAAAGAGACGUUCAACCUGUACUACCUGGAGACUGAGAGGACUGUGUCCGAGGGCAUUAAAGGGGUGGAGUACUGGGCCAACGCCCCUUUCCUGAAGGUGGACACCAUCGCUGCAGAUGAGAGUUUCUCCCAGGUGGAUUUCGGGGGAAGGCUGAUGAAGGUGAACACAGAGGUUCGUAGCUUCGGACCACUGUCCAAAGGCAAAGGCUUCCACCUGGCCUUCCAGGAUCUGGGUGCCUGCAUGUCCCUGCUGGCUGUCAGAGUAUUCUACAAGAAAUGCCCCAGUGUGGUGCAAAACUUUGCUCUCUUCCCAGAGACGUUGACUGGAGCGGAGUCCACCUCAUUGGUCAUCGCUAGAGGAAGCUGCAUUGCCAACGCCGAGGAGGUAGACGUGCCCAUCAAGCUCUACUGUAACGGGGACGGAGAGUGGAUGGUACCCAUCGGCAGCUGCAGCUGCAAGGCGGGAUUUGAACCCGACAACGGCAACGUGUGUCGAGCUUGUCCUCAGGGCACCUUUAAGCCCUCCCAGGGGGUAGGAUUGUGUCAGCAAUGCCCGCUCAACAGUCGCUCCGCCAUCGAGGCCGCAACCGUCUGCGGGUGUCGCAGCGGCUUUUACCGCGGGGACAUGGACAAACCGGAGGACGUGUGCACCAGUGUCCCGUCAGCUCCUCGCAACGUAGUCUCCGUUGUCAACCAGACGUCGGUGCAGCUGGAGUGGCACCCGCCACGGGACAUCGGGCACCGCGACGACCUGUCGUACAACGUCGUGUGCCGCCGCUGCCACGGCAGCGAGCGCCGGGCGUGUCAGCCGUGUGACGACAGCGUGGCCUUCGCCGCCGGCAGGCAAGGGUUGAAGGAGACCAAGGUGGAGAUCAGCAAGCUGCGAGCCCACACGUCGUACACCUUCGAGAUACAGGCAGUAAACGGAGUGUCCAACAAGAGCCCUUAUCCCGCCCAGCAACUGUCAAUCAACAUUACAACCAAUCAGGCCGCUCCCUCAGCAGUUCCAAUAAUGCACCAGGUGAGCUCAACGAGCCGCAGUUUCUCGUUGUCAUGGCCACCGCCCGAGCAGCCCAACGGAAUUAUCCUCGACUACGAGAUACGCUACUUUGACAAGGCCCUGUCGUCAGUGCAGAACAGCACGGUGGUCCAGAGCAAAACGCCCAAUGUGGUUCUGGAGGGUCUGCGGCUGGGGACCGGCUACGUGGUCCAGGUGAGGGCCCGCACCGUGGCCGGCUACGGAGCCUACAGCAAGGAAAUGCUCUUCCAAACGCUCACCGAUGAUGAGUAUAAGUCAGAGCUGGGGCAGCAGCUCUCCCUGAUCGCAGGCUCUUUAGUGGGUGGAGUUUGCAUCGUCUCCUUGGUGGCCAUUGCCAUCAUCUGCACCAGGAGAAGGCAGUGUAAGGAGAGCGUGUACGCUGACAAGCUGCAGCAGUACAACGCAGGAGGAGAGGUGACUCUGAGGCCUGACAUGUUCAGUGGCACCACCCCCACGGUGACCUUUCCCACCCUGUCUGAGGGUCACAAUUCACCGGGGGUCAAGAUCUACAUCGACCCCUUCACCUACGAGGACCCCAACGAGGCUGUUCGGGAAUUUGCCAAGGAAAUCGACCCCUCCUGUGUCAAAAUAGAGGAAGUCUUUGGAUCAGGGGAGUUUGGGGAGGUGUACAGAGGUCGCCUGAAGCCCGUUGGGAAAAAAGAAAUCCUUGUGGCCAUCAAGACCCUGAAGGUCGGUUACUCCGAGAGGCAGAGGAGGGACUUCCUGUCCGAGGCGUCAAUCAUGGGCCAGUUUGACCAACCGAACAUCAUCAGACUGGAGGGCGUCGUCACCAAGAGCAGGCCCACCAUGAUUAUCACAGAGUUCAUGGAGAACGGAGCGCUUGACUCGUUCCUCAGGCAAAAUGAUGGGCAGUUUCCAGUGAUCCAACUCGUUGGCAUGCUGAGGGGCAUUGCCUCUGGAAUGAGGUACCUCGCGGAAAUGAGUUAUGUUCACCGGGACCUGGCCGCUCGGAACAUCCUGGUCAACAGUAACCUGGUGUGCAAGGUGUCUGAUUUUGGAUUAUCCCGAUAUCUGGAGGAAGACACCUCGGACCCCACCUACACCAGCUCCCUGGGAGGCAAAAUCCCCGUGAGGUGGACGGCUCCGGAGGCCAUCGCCUACAGGAAGUUUACGUCGGCUUCAGAUGUCUGGAGUUAUGGGAUCGUGACCUGGGAGGUGAUGUCGUUCGGGGAGAGGCCUUACUGGGACAUGAGCAACCAAGAUGUGAUAAACGCCAUCGAGCAGGACUUCAGGCUCCCGGCUCCCAUGGACUGCCCGGUGGUGCUGCACCAGCUGAUGCUGGACUGCUGGCAGAAGGACAGGAACGCGCGGCCCAAGUUCCCCGAUACCGUCAGCAUGUUGGACAAAAUGAUCCGCAACCCCGCGUCGCUCAAGGCCGGCGCCAACAGCGUCGCCGCCGCCGCCCCGGGUCCUCCCCAUCAUCACCCGCUGUUGGACCGCGCGGCUCCCGACUUGAGCAGCGUGAGCUCCGUGGAGGACUGGCUGGCCGCGUUGAAGAUGACGCAGUACCGAGACUCCUUCCUGGGCUCGGGCUUCACUUCUUUGCCGCUGGUCACGCAGAUGACGGCUGAAGAUCUUCAGAAGAUCGGAGUAUCUCUAGCUGGACACCAGAAGAAAAUCCUGACCAGCGUUCAGUCGAUGAGGCACAACAUCGAUGACCAGUCUCCCACUGAAUCCGUGUAGCCACAGCGGGGGGGGGGG